UGCUCUGGAGCAUGUACUGGCUCAACUACCUCGACCGAAACGCCAUCGCGCUGGCUCGGCUGAACGAGCUCGAAGAGGAUCUCAAUCUCAGCAGCACACAGUAUCAGACGUGUGUUUCGAUUCUCUUUGUGGGUUACUUGCUCGGCCAGAUUCCCUCCAAUAUGUUUUUGACACGCACACGACCUAGUAUGUUUGCCACUUCAAUGAGCCGGCGAUAUCCUUCGCUAUCUAAGAAUCCUCCCAGGUCGAUAUAUGGCGUGCGCAAUGAUGCUCUGGGCAACCGUCAGCGCCUUAUCCGCUGUCUCAACAAACUUCACAGGCCUCCUACUCACGCGCUUCUUCCUCGGCGUGACGGAAGCACCCUACUACCCCGGCGCAGUCUACCUGCUGUCCAUCUUCUACACCCGCAAGGAAGUCGCAACCCGCAUCGCCAUCCUCUACACGGGCAACAUCCUCGCCACCGCCUUCGCCGGGCUCAUCGCCGCAGGCAUAUUCCUCGGGCUCGACGAUGUAGGCGGCCUGUCUGGCUGGCGUUGGCUUUUCAUACUGCAAGGCGGCACGACCUUCCUCGUCGCCAUCAUCGGUUUCUUCAUCCUUCCUGACUUUCCGCACGACACGAAGUGGUUGAGCGAGGAUGAGCGCGCGCUCGCGACGAACCGCAUGGAGCUCGACACGGUGCAGAACAGAGGCGAAACAUCGACGUGGAAGGGGUUCCAGCAGGCGUCCAAGGACCCCAUGGUCUGGAUCUUCGCGCUGAUGGCGCACAUGCACCUCGCGGCCAACGGGUUCAAGAACUUUUUUCCUACCGUCGUAGAGACGCUUGGAUUUAGCGAGACGGUUACGCUGGUCUUGACGUGCCCGCCGUAUCUCAUUGCGGGAGCUGCCACGAUCGCAGUGUCGUGGUCAAGCGGCAGGUUCAAUGAACGCACGUGGCAUAUCACUAUUUCAAAGGCAGUGGCUACGGCGGGGUUUGUAGCUGCAUGCGCAACCAUGGACCUAGCGGGCCGCUAUGUAUCCAUGGUGGUCUUCACUGUUGGUACAUAUGGCGUGAAUUCGCUUGUUCUGGGGUGGUGCGGGAGUACGUGCGGGCAGACGAAGGAGAAGAAGGCUGUGGCUAUUGGGAUUGUGACGACGGUGAUGAAUGCGUCGUUCGUCUGGACGCCGUAUCUCUGGCCAAAGUCUGAUGAGCCGCGAUAUGCGAUUGCGCUGGGUUCUUCGGCCGGGUUCUCCAUGGCUACGGCGGCGCUGGCGUGGGUGGCGAAGAUUAUCAUGAAGAAGAGGAAUAGGGUGAUUCGCGAGUUGGAUGACGAGCCUACCAUCUUCUACGUCUACUGAGCAAUGACUGUUCGAUGGAAACUGGCUCGGCUGUCACUUCGUGUACAGGGGGAAUCGUCGUUGAAGGCUGGAUCCCAAAGGUUGACUGGCGACGCAUUGGACGGCAUUCUGGUGUACGAAUCCCAGAGGUGCUUCGAAGGAUAAUACUUACCGUAUCUUAGCUACGUAUCGCGCUGCCUGGCUUGCUCCGGCCCUGCUAUCGGAGCCCAACGUACCUCGUCGGUU